CAACCUCGCGGUAUCAACAUUUUUGGGCGUACAGAGGAACUAAAGGAAAACAUACAAAUAUUUGUUGAUGCAUGUAGUUAGCUAACUUUCUGCCCAUUUUCUUUUAACCCGAAGACCGUUAACUAAUAUCAUAUGUCCAAAAUGACAUGUAUUUGUUUUGUAAGAUAUCUGCAUACUCAUUGACAUGGUUUAACAAGAAUUUUGGCAGUACAAGUUUCUACUUUCAAUGCACAGGGCUUUACUGUAAACUGGGUGAAACCGCUGCAGAGGCGAAAUUUGUCAUCCAGGAAACGAAUGUACCCAGUGCCCUCGGUAGCAACCAGGUCAAAGUGCAAGUGAAGGCAUGUGCCCUUAGUCCACUGGAUAUAAAACUCCACGAGGAUCUAAAGUUCCAAAGGGACCUGGUGCCAGUAGGGAGGGAGAUUGUUGGGAUCGUCCUCCAAGUUGGGCCUAAGGUGACCUUUUUCCAACCUGAUGAUGAAGUUGUAGGAAUUCUGCCCUUGGAUACAGCAAUGUCUGGUUUGUGCUAUGCUGUUGUCAUCAACGAGCAUCAUCUUGUGCAGAAGCCAGAGAAGUUGAGCUGGGUGGAGGCGGCAGGGGCCAUUCGGGAUGGACUGCGCGCCUAUACAGCCCUCCAUACCCUAGCCCAUAUGGCAUCCGGGCACACUCUGCUGGUGCUGGACGGAGCCAGUCCCUUGGGAGUUCUGUCCAUCCAGCUGGCCCACUACCAUGGAGUUAAAGUACUGGCAUCAGCCCUGUCCUCCGAAGACCAGAAGUUCCUGGAGCAGCUUCGGCCCAGCGUCGGAGUGCGAGAGUCACUUGUAGCCAGGGUGAUAGGUGUGUGGGAUUCCAAGGUAGACCUGGUGGAUUCUUGUUUGGAAGAGACGGGCGGUCUAGGGGUGGACAUUGUCAUGGACUCUGGAGUGAGAUUGCAUGAGGAGGAGCCAGAGGCCAGGUGUCUUCUGCCCUACAAGCAUGACAUCAUCACCCUGCUCGGGGUCGGAGGUCACUGGGUUACAACUGAGCAAAACCUGCAGCUGGACCCUCCAGAUAGCCGCAGCCUCUUCCUGAAGGCCGCCUCCCUGUCUUUCCUCAACGAAGAGGUGUGGGGGGCUUCCAGUGCCCGCCAGGGGAGGUACCUCCACAUCAUGAAGGAUAUAGUGGAGAAGCUUUCCACUGGGACCUUAAGGCCCCAGCUAGAGGACCCGGUGCCUUUGUAUGAUGCCACAGUUUCCAUGGAGAUGGUACAAAAGAAACAAGUCCGGAAGAGGUUGGUUAUUCAACUAUGAGGCGGACAGACACUCUGGUCCAGCAUUCCCCUUGUCAAAGACAGGCUCCCAAAUUCUGCCUCAUAUUUCCUAUGUAUUUGUGGCCAGCAGUGGUGAAAAAAGUACCCAAUUGUCAUACUUGAGUAAUAGUAUAGAUAGCUUAAUAGAAAGUGAAAGUCACCCA